AUGGAAGUAACCUGGUUAUACACAUCCCUCUCUCUAAUCCUCCUCCUCUUUCUAGCUUUCAGGUUCUUGACGGAAAAACGCCGUAACCUCCCACCGAGCCCAGCACGGGCGCUUCCGGUUAUAGGUCAUCUCUACCUCCUGAAACAACCUCUUCACAGAACCUUUCACAAGCUUUCAGAGAAAGCUGGCCCAAUCAUAUCUCUCCGAUUCGGAACCCGAUUGGUUGUUGUUGUGUCUUCGUCGUCGGUGGUGGAGGAGUGUUUCACCAAGAACGACGUCGUUCUCGCCAACCGCCCUCGUUUCACAAUCGGCAAGUACUUAGGCUACAACUACACCAACAUCGUUGGAUCCCCCUACGGCGACCACUGGCGCAAUCUCCGGCGACUCAGCGCACUCGAAAUUUUCUCCGCCAGUCGUCUCAACAUGUUCUUAUCAAUUCGACAAGACGAAAUCAAGCGAUUACUGUGCUAUCUUCGUCAAAAUUCAGUCAAUGGGGGUUUCGCGAAGGUUGAUUUGAGGUCAAAAUUAUCGGAGCUGUCAUUCAAUGUGGUUAUGAGGAUGAUUUCAGGAAAGCGAUACUUUGGAGAAGACGAGGGCAAUGAGGAGGCGAAGCAUUUUCGGGGCCUCAUAAAGGAGGCAGUCCGAUACGGCGGUGCGUCGAAUCCGGGAGAUUUCUUGCCGGUUUUACGGUGGAUUGAUUACAAGGGUUUAGAGAAGAAUUUAGCGAAGCUUAGUGAGAAGAUGGACGUGUUUUUACAGGGUCUAAUUGAUGAGAAUAGGCGUGAUAUUAAUAGUAGAAACACCAUGAUCAGUCAUUUGCUUUCUCUGCAACAAUCACAACCAGAGUACUACACCGAUCAAAUCAUCAAAGGGCUUGUGCUGGUAAUGCUAACUGCGGGCACAGACACAUCAUCUGUGACAAUAGAAUGGGCAAUAUCACUUUUACUCAACAAUCCUGAGAUAUUAAAAAAGGCUAGGGCAGAGUUGGACACUCAUGUGGGUUCUGAUCGCUUGAUCGAUGAAGCAGAUUUGUCCAAUUUGCAUUACCUUCACAAUAUCAUAUCGGAGACUUUUCGAUUAUUUCCGGCAGCACCUGGAGAGGAGGUUGAUUUGGCUGAAGGAAAAGGGAUCACCAUGCCAAAAGCUAAGCCACUGGUAGCCAUGUGUAGAGCUCGCACCAUUAUGGACAAAGUUCUUUCAGAAAUUGAAAAAAAUGUUUGA